UCGCUAGUUCGGUGUGACAUCGCGAUGUGGACGGGCGGGCUGGUGCUAUUACUCGUUGGGUGCGCGUGCGCUAUAACGCGGGACCAAUUCUACCCCCAUGGACAAGGGCUCGACCAGCGAUUACCACGGGGUGCUGAGGUCUCCUCCCCAGAAAUACCGUUGAACGUACCCAUCGUCUUCUUUGGCGAGACUUAUGAAAAUAUUUUCGUAAACAAUUAUGGCGUGUUGUCGUUCAGAGCAGAUAUUCCAACCUUUCUUAACGCUGAGUUUCCCCUACCGUAUCCAUCUAUAGCCGCGUUUUACGCGAACAUUGACACUACACAAUCGGGCGAGGUUUACUAUAGGGAAACCAAUGAAUCCCAUGUGCUGGUCAAGGCGGAAGAGAGCGUGCAAAAUAACUUCCACGAUUACUACGAUUUUAGACCUACGAGCGUGUUUAUUGCCAGCUGGAUAGACGUUACUUAUGCAAGCAAACAAUGGCAAGAUCGUAAGAAUAGCUUCCAGAUUGCUAUUAUUAGUAACGGCACAGAGAGUUUUGUGGAGAUGUUGUAUCCUGAAAGGGAAAUACAAUGGAUACAAAAGGAGACGCAGCCAGGCAGUAUGCCUGAUGCGAAGGCCCAGGCUGGAUUCAUUGCGGAAGACGGCCGUCUCUUCACACUUAGAGGUUCUGGUAGUCAUCAGAUUAGGAAUGUCGUUUCAUGGUCUAACACUCGUGAACCCGGAAAAUACGUAUUCCGCGUAGGAAACAUAACAAUAGAUGGUACCGUAGCCGUCCCCGACCAAUACGAUCAGAACGAAGUAGAAGUAGAGGAAGAGACAAGAACGUGCGCUCAGAGUGGGCCCAGCGUCUGUCACUUACAAGCAAGAUGUGUCGAUUAUCAAACCGGUAUUUGCUGCCAAUGUAGUGAAGGCUUCUACGGAAACGGAAAAUCUUGCAUUAAAGACGAUGUUCCAUUAAGAGUUCACGGAAAGUUAAAUGGUAUCAUCAACGACGUUAAUCUUAACGAUGUAGAUAUCCAAGCAUACGUAGUAGUUGCCGAUGGAAGAACUUAUACAGCUCUUUCCCAAGCACCACCACUGUUAGGAAGCAGUUUACAACUUUUAACUGUACUUGGUGGCGUAUUAGGAUGGCUUUUCGCCAAGCCUUCGGGAACGGCGAAAAACGGAUAUCAAUUAACCGGUGGACUUUUUAAUCACACAGCGGAUAUAUAUUUCCCAGACUCCAAGGACAGGGUCACAAUUAAUCAGGAAUACAUUGGGCAUGAUGUAUUCGAUCAGAUAACCCUAGAUGCUGAUAUUCGUGGUACGAUUCCGAUUGUAUCGUCGGGAUCAAGAUUGGAAAUUUCUGAAUAUAACGAAGAGUACACCGUUGUGGAAGCUGGUCUAAUACAUAGUGUUUCAUCAAGAACGUUUACCAAUAAAAUUACCGGACAAAAGUACGAACAGAGAGUAUCUCAAACGUUUUCAUACAACCCAUGUAGAUAUGCACCACCAACUGAAGAAAAUGAAAUUUCAACUUUGAAAGUUAUUAAGAAUUACUUAGGCUAUGAAACGAGGGAAAAUAUUGUUAGAUAUAGUACUAGUAACAAAAUUCAACCGAGGGGUCAAGAAGAUCCUUGUAUAGAGGGGCGAAAUUCCUGUGGUACUCAUAGCACAUGCGUUGUACAAGGGGACUCAUUUACAUGUGUAUGUCAAUCAGGUUUCACUAGUAUUUACUAUGAGGAUUCUCAUAUUUGUGUAGAUAUAGAUGAAUGUGCGGCUUCCACUCACAAUUGUGAUAGCAAUGCUGAUUGUUACAAUCACGAUGGCGGUUUUCAAUGUAGAUGUCGGGACGGUUAUGAAGGGAAUGGUAUUAGUUGCAAUAUAGUGUCACGUUGUAGAGACAAGGUAUGUGAUCCUCAUGCACAAUGUAUAGAUAACCCUGGGGAAGAGCCAAUUUGUUCAUGUAAGCCAGGAUUUACUGGAGACGGGCAGAGAUGUUGGCAAACACUUAAUAACAUAUGCAGCAGAUGUUCACCGUAUGCGUACUGUAGCUAUUCAGAUCAAAUAAACAGUUACCAAUGUCAGUGCAAUCCUGGUUUUAGUGGUGAUGGUGAAUAUUGUGUUGAAGAUACCACUUCAAUACCAGAUGUAACAGAGACCACCGAAAUAUCUGUUGCUCCUCUACAGUCAACGACUGCAGUGAUAUCUGAAGUUGAAUACAAUGAAACGUAUGUGCUUCCGAAUUGUGAAAUUAUUAACGACGAUUAUGAGUGUUUCUGUCCUCCUGGAUAUUCAAGAUAUAAAGAUGAACGAAAUAAUGAUUUGUGCCGUAUAGAUACUUAUAAAGAACCAAAGAAUACAAGUAUCGUUGAGGAGAAUAAUGACACUUCAAUUACUUGCAGCAUAGACUCGGAGUGUCCGCCAAAUGCGAUUUGUUCAUUCUCAGGGCAGCAAUCACAGGGACAUUGUGUGUGUCCUGAAGGAUACGAAGGAGAUGCUUAUGAGUGCAUCGAACGAACUGGUUCGAGUUGUUCAUGCGGCCCCAGUGCUCACUGCAUUGACACAGCCACCGGUGAAAUGAUGUGUGUCUGUGAUCUUGGUUAUCAUGGCGAUGGAUAUGUGUGUAGACCCAAUUUUAGUUGUACGAACAACUCUGACUGUGAAUAUAAUGCAGAAUGUCGACCAGAUCCGAACACUGAUGAAUUUGUUUGCCAAUGUAUAGAAGGUUAUAUUAAAGACCAAAACGAUGCUUGUAUACCUGAUGGGCAGCUAUGUAAUGGAGCAGUAUGCGCAGAACAUGCUUCUUGCCUCUAUGAUGAAACACUAGAGGUUAAUUAUUGUAGUUGUGAUGAAGGAUUCGAAGGUGAAGGCAUUUCGAAAUGUGUUCCUUUAGGCAAGACGUGUGACGUAGCGAACGACUGUAGUCCAAAUGCGAUCUGUACGACAACAGAAGCAUCGUAUCAAUGUAUAUGUCGUGAGGGAUAUUUCGGUGAUGGUUACACUUGCAAUGCUGAAAUGAAUUGCAGAACGAACAUUUAUCUUUGCGAUAGUCACGCUUCCUGCUUGAAGACUAGUGAAGGAUACGAAUGUGAAUGUAAUACAGGUUAUAAUGGCAAUGGAACUUACUGCGAGAUAAAUCCGAGACAAUCAGGAAAUUUCUUAGUCGCCAGUGAUGGGGCAUCAGUCUACCGCGUACCUUUUAAAGUGACUCCACGAGAAUUCGCUACUCCACUUAAUAGUGCUAUAUACCAGAUAGCAGUUGGUAUCGAUGUCGACUGCCUUACUGGAAGAAUUUAUUGGGGCGACGUUGGUGCCAGCGCUAUAAAGAGAACCUCUUACGACGGAUCAAAUUUUGAACAAUUUUUGUCAUACGAUAUUCAAUCACCUGAAGGAAUGUCUGUAGAUUGGACGUCAAGAAAUAUAUUCUGGACUGAUUCAAAGAAACUUACAAUUGAAGUAGCAAAUUUGGACACGAAAGUAAAAAAAGUUUUAUUCAAAAGGGAUGGGAUAUUUAACCCUCGUGGCAUUGCGGUUCAUCCUGGAAAAGGUAAAAUUUUCUGGACUGACUGGAAUCGCAAUGGACCUAAAAUCGAAUGGGCUAACAUGGACGGCUCACAAAGAGGCGUCUUUUUAGAUAAAUCGGAAGUGAAGCUACCAAACUCUUUAGCUAUAGAUUGGUCGAGAGAUCGUCUUUGCUUCACUGAUGCCGGCCUCUACACUAUUAAAUGCGUUAGCAUUGAUACUUUGGAAAGUGAAACAAUUGUAGCAAACUGCUCAUAUCCAUUUGGUCUAGCGAUCAGCGGAGACAGCUACUAUUGGACAGACUGGAAAACAUUAAAAAUUGAGUACAUCAAUAAUUUAACCCUGCAAAGAGGACAAGUUCCUAUUGCCACUGCGUCAAGAAGGCUGUAUGGAGUAACCGUUGCGCCAGAGCAAUGUCCAAAUCAAAGUAACAUCUGUCAAUACAGAAACGGGCAAUGUGAUCCGAAUCAAAUAUGCUUGCCAGAUGGUAAGGGCGGCAGAACGUGUGCGGCUGGAGACAAUUAUUCUUAUUGAUUUUUGAACUAAUUCUUAUAAAAGGUAAAGUUUAUAAUUAUAUCUUAAGUUUCCAUUGAAGAUACAUAUGGCUUGUGAAUUAAUUAAAAUUGCAAUAGCGUUUAUACAUUUUG